AUGCGGCCGAGUCUCGUUGUUUCUGGCCUCACCAUCAACUCGUUCGACCUCGAGUCCCUCUUUGACUACAUCAUGAUCUACGAUGGCGACAACGCGGCCGCACCGGUCAUCGGCAUGCUCUCCGGCACUACGCCGUCGACAACUGUGUUUGUUAGUUCGGGCCCGUCGAUGUAUGUCGGCCUGUAUGCCGACUCGGGGACCUUUGGCGCCGGCGUCGACUUUGACUACGUCGUGGUCAGCUCGGCCGCAACAACGACACUCGGCCCAUUCCGCCACUGCGGGACCGAGAUCACCGCCGCCAGUGGAACCAUCGGCGUUCCUGCGGUCGGCCACGAGUACUAUCCGCCGUUUCUCGAGUGCAUCGUCACACUCACUGUCCCCAGCGGCGCUGUCGAGCUCUCGUUCCCUUUAUUCUCCAUUGAGGCCGACUUUGACCUGCUACGCGUCUUUGACGGACCGACCAUCCAGUCCGACAUGAUCGGCGCGUGGUCAGCAACGCCGCCACCAGCGAGUGUCAAGGCCUCGCAAGCUUCGGUAACCCUCUAUUUCAUGUCCGACUACGAGACCUUUGACCUCGGGUUCCAAGUAUCCUGGAGCUCAGGCGCUGGCGCCGCAGCGCCCACGCCGGCCUGCGCCGGCCUCACCACUGUCACCUCGACUGGAGUCUCCAUCGAGUCGCACACGCCGUACACCGGCAACUACGCACCGUACUCGCACUGCGCCUGGCACCUCACCUCGGUCGAUGCCACCAAGCUCGUCUCGAUCACCUUCUCUACCUUUGUCACCUUGGACGACACUGACUACGUCUACUUUUAUGAUGGGCCGGACGACAAAUCGCCGCUCACCAUUCGCUCGCUCUCUGGACCGUACCUUUACAUUGUUUUUGACGCUGAUGACUUUGGCCAGUUUGCAGGCUUUACCGGCUCAUGGUCGCUGGUCCCUGCCUCGCCUGCCCCGCCCGCGCCGCCUCCAGACGGGCCCAACUGCGUUGGCCACCAACGAAUCACCGUCCCGCCUGGCGGGUCAGGCACGAUCUCAAUGCCCGACCCUAUCACCUCGGCCAACUACGCCCUUAAUCUGCUCUGCUCCUGGACGCUUGUCGCCGCCUCGGGCACCAUCCGCAUCACCUACACCAUCCACGACCUCGGCGGGGGUGACUACUGCAGCAUCAAGGACGGCGAGCGGCUCAACUCGGUCCCGCAGGUAACCACUAUCUCCUCCUCGGUCCCCUUUGUCUUUGAAACGACAGGCAGCACGGCGACCAUUGACUUUGUCUCGGACUCGGGCGGCAGCUCCGAUGGCUUUGUCUUCAACUACGACAACAUCCUUCCCCCGGCGCCGCCUCCACCACCCAACCCACCGCCACCGACUCCCAAGGUCAUUACGCCCCGAGUGGUAUCGGCAGCACCGUCGCUCUCGCCACUGGCGGGCGGUGUCGUCUUUACCCUCACCGGCACAGGCUUUGACGCUGGUCUCACUGCUGUGCUGGCGACAGCCACUUCGCCCACACUGGCGGUCAACGUCUCGGACGAUGGGCAGCAGCUGACCUUUCUGGCGCCGCCACAUCCGGUAGCCGAGUACGUGGCGCUGGAGAUGGUGCACCCGACAGGCGGCAAGGGCGUGACGGACGUCUUCUAUACCGACGACUGCCCCGAGCCUGGGUGGUUCGGCGUGGGUGCGUCGUGCCGGCCAUGCCCAGCGGGCGGCAUCUGCCCCGGCGGCAACCGCGUCUGGCCACAGCCGGGCUUCUGGACGCCUGACGAGGGCGCAGGCUACGUUAUCGAGUGCAAGCCGCCGUCGGAGAGGUGUGCCGGCGGGCGGCAGUCCAGCUGCGGGCCCGAGUACGCCGGGCGGGAGUGUGCGCAGUGCGCGCCGGAGCACUACCGCGACGGCACACUCUGCGUCUCCUGCCCGCCGUCGAAGGCCGUCUUGGUGGCGCUCAUCAUGGCCAACGUCAUUUUCUACUCGCUCGUCCUCCUCGCCAUGCUCACUCUCUCGGACAAGCACCUCGGCGUGGCGGUGUCUGUCCUCGAAGUAGCGCAGUUUGUCCGCGGCUCACAGCAGGUGGCAUCGGUGGCGACCGCUGAACCGCUGGCUACCGUCUACCGGCUCCUGGCGCUCUCGGCCAUGGACGCCGAGUCGUUCCUCCAGCCCGGCUGCUCCAUCGCGUCGUCGUUUGUGGUCCGCUUUUGGGCCUCAGUCUCGAUCGGAUACGGAACCAUGGUUGCCAUGCUAGUCGCCAUUCUCGCUCUCCGACUCGCGCUCGCGAUGUGGGGCUUUACCGGCCUGGCCGAGUUUUACAAGCAUCGCAUCUUCCGGGCCGCCACCAUUCUCUUCUCGCUUCUCUACCUCGUGGCGGCCUCGUCGUCGUUUGCCGGCGUCUUUUGCACCGCCGACAACGAGGGCGUGUGGCGGCUGGUAGCCGAGCCGGAGCUCGUCUGCUGGUCCGCCGACCACAUGCCGAUCUUCCUCGUCUCGCUCGUCAUCAUGCUCGUCCACACACUUGUCGGCGUCGUCGCCGUCUUUGUCUGGCUCGGUAGGUUCUCGUCGGCCUUGGACGCCGCGUACCUGCCUGCCACAUCGGCACUAGUCAAGGCCUCGUGGACCCGAACCGACUUUGUCAUCCGCUACGGCCAGUUCUUCGAGGCCUACGUCGUCUGGUGGGGCGGCGCCCUGCACUACCUCUUUCUCCUCUCGCUCGCCUCCACCUCAGUCUUCGCCCAGAAGCACAACCUGGCCCAGCUCGGCGUCUCGCUCGGUGCCUCCGUCAUCUACCUCGCCGCCAUCAUCAUCUGGCACCCGUUCCGCCAACGCUGGCGCGAGGCUCUUGUUGUCGCCUUUCUCGUUCUCGCCUCGGCCAUCCAGGUCUCGUCCUACCUCAUCAGCGAGAAGCCGUCGCUCCGUCCGCCCGUCUCGUACUCGCUGAUGGGCAUAUUUGCCAUGGCCGUCAUCCUCCUUGGCGCCUUUUUCUACACGCUCCGGCGCAAGGCUCGCGCGCGUGUCGGGCCCACCAAGGACGACCCGUCGGUUCUGGCCUCGGCCACCACCAGCAACGCCUCGAACACCUUCACUACCGUCGUCGAGGUCUUUGAUCCGCCCUCGUCGUCGGCAUCGGCUUCCACAACGUUGUCGUCAUCGUCGUCCACGUCAUCUACCCGCACCUCGUGUCGCGGCAACACGGUCACUUCCACCACAGAAGUCACCCCGGUUGUCCGGUUUGAGCUCGACGGCGGCCUGGCGGUGUCGAGCGACGAUGACGAGCUUGUUGAUGUGGGCGUUGUCUCUGCGGCGCGGCUGGCAUUGCCAGCCGCCGCACGGACCAAGGCCUCACUCAAGACCAUGCGCCACUCUCAGUCAGCGGUCUCGCCGCGAGAGAUAGGCGGUCUCAGGAACCUCAACAACUUCCGCAACAUGCGGCAUGUCGAGUCGAUGAAGGUGCCGCCGUCGCGCCAGGCCACGCGCUCGGUCUCGGCUCCAGACCGCGACGGAAGAGGACGUCAAACAAGCGCAUCUCGCGACAGAGCGGCCCGAUGA